CUAACCAACCUCCAGUCUGGUCGGCUCCUGGCAGCGCCUGGGUUAAACUGCAAAAACAUGGCCCCCAUCAGCAGCAGCACACACGGCCUUGACAGAGUGGAUGACUGCGGUGGGGUCAGACCUGACAGAAAGAUAAGAAAACCUCUGGUUGAGAAGAAAAGAAGGGCUCGCAUCAAUGAAAGUUUACAAGAACUCAAAGUCCUUAUCGCCGACGAAGACUUCCAGUCAAAGAUGGAGAAUGCCGAAGUGCUGGAGAUGGCAGUGAAACGAGUGGAAGGCGUUCUUCAAAGGCGUGCUCAAGAAGUGGAUGCUGUGCACCGGGAGGUCUGUGAGCGUUUCGCUGCCGGAUACAUCCAGUGUAUGCACGACGUCCACACAUUUGUGUCCAACUGCCCGGGGAUUGACCCAACAGUGGCAGCGGAGCUGUUGAAGCACCUUCUGGAAAGUAUGCCACUUAACAACAACGAGUACCACCGAGUGAUGCUCCCGGACAUCGUAGCGGACAGCCCCGGCUAUAACAGCACUUGGUCCCUGUCUGAGAGCAUUCACACAGCCCUGGUGUCCCCAGCACCCUCCACCACCUCCAGCGACGACCUCUGCUCUGACCUGGAUGAGACCGACUCAGAGCAAAGCCAGGUUUCUUCUGAGGAGGAGGCAGACGGUCAAGAAGCGUUGCCCUGCCUAACUUGCUCUAAAGCUCUUUGGAGACCAUGGUAGACAAUUUAAGGUGGAAUAGGAGUUUAUUUUUAGUCGAAACAAUAGCUUGGGUUAGAGAUAGGCCAACACUGCGGGCAUCCGAUAAACUCUUUGUAAAGAUAUUCUAAUAUAUCUUUACAGAGCUUAGUGACCUUGUUUGGGCCUGCUGACUGAUGUAAAUAUGUACUUGUUCAAUAUAACUGCUGUAUAGAAAGUAGACCCCCACCAGAAAUGCACUGAUAUGAGUGUGUGUAAAUUAUUUCCUAAUUAGGAUCUGUUGAAUAUUCUAUUUAUACAUGUCAGAUGACUGUUAGUAGGCUACCUCAUCUAAGUUAAGCUGAAACUUUUUAAUAAAUAUUUUAGGGGAAAAAAGACUUGUACUCCAUUUGUGCAGCAGACUCUUCAGGAGAAAAAAAAAGCCUCAUUUCACACACAAGAAUCCCACUAACCACCCACCCACGGCUGUUUCCAAGAUAUUUGUUAUUACUCUGCAAUUGUGGGCCAUUUGUGUGCACAGGCUCUCCAAGAUCCCUUAGCACGUCGUAGGCAUUUGUGAGGUGUGAAAUGAGUAAUCCA